GUUGCAGGGUGGGGGCGGCGGCGCGGGGCGCGCGGCGCGGCAUGGGGCGGGCAUGGCGGUGACGUGCCCCGACCUCAUGUACGGCGCCUACUACCCCUACCUGUACGGCCGCGGCGCCCGCUCCUUCCACCACGCGCCGCACUUCCAGUAUGACCGGUUUAACGUGCAGACGGGCAACGGCGGCGAGGGCUACGGCGCGGCGGCCGGCGUCAGCAGCGGGUCGGCGUCGUCCGGCGCGCAGUCCCCGGGCUCCCCGCCGCACGCGGCACAUCUCCGUGCCAAGGAGGAGUUGUCAGCGCCCGGCCGCGCCAGCGCCGACGGUGGCGGGUCAUCAGAGUCGGAGGGUGAGUGCGCGGCGCACGGACGAGCGCGCGCGCAGUACGUCAGCGCCAACUGCGUCGUGUUCACGCACUACUCGGGCGACGUCGCCGCCGUCGUCGACGAGCACUUCGCCAGGGCCCUCGCCGCCGACAAGCCUAAAGGUGAGCCACAACUACGCAGUACGUCAGCGCCGACUGCGUCGUGUUCACGCACUACUCGGGCGACGUCGCCGCCGUCGUCGACGAGCACUUCGCCAGGGCCCUCGCCGCCGACAAGCCUAAAGAGAGUGUUCCGAUGGUGUCCCGAAACCUCCCUGCGUCGUUUUUCAACGCGGCGGCCGGCGCGGCCUGCGGCGUCGACCUCUACGACUACGACCCCUGGCAUCAGCACUACUCCGGGUACGGUCACGCGGCGCACCGGCACGCGGCGGAGUACCACGCGGCGGCGGCGGCGCAGGCCGCGCAGGCGCACAACAUGGCGGCGGCCGGCUACCCCCCGCUGCUGCUGGGCCGCUCCCCCCUGCACGCGCAGUACAAGCCCGUGGAGUGGCAGCACUCGCUGGAGCACCACGCGCCGCACGCGCCGCACGCUGCGCACGCCGCCUGCUCGCCCUACUCCUACCCCGCGGUGCCCGGUCUGGAGGCGCAGGUGCAGGACACGUCUAAGGACCUGUACUGGUUCUGAGAGUCCGCCGGCCCCGGCCCCGCCGCGCACUAGCGCCCUCGCCUAGUGAGCCCACCGCCCG